CCGUGUCUCGAUUUUUGCCGCGUCAUUCUCCAGAUCUACCUGCACUUCGUAAUGCGAAUAUUUUAAGGUGGUUCAAAUCUUCAAGCUUGUGGACUGAACGUGAAACACGUACGUUAAAUGAUCUUGUUGAGCAAUACAGUAACGAUUGGUUCCUUAUUUCAAGUAAACUUUACGGGAGAACAUCAUUUGCAUGUUGGCAACCGAAUAAAAUUAAAAAAGAAUUAGUAUUACAUAGCUGGCCGCAAGAAGCAAUUCGGAUUUUGGACUACUUAAUAUUAAAAUAUGGCAGAUGGCAAAUAAUCCCGAUUCUUUUACCCGGAACAACACCAUUUAAUUACUAUAUGCGUUCUGCAACUAAUAUUUGGGGUUGGAGAAACCAGAUCAUUUUUAAGAUAUUUGAUACAGAAAAUCUUGACGUACAAAAGCGAUGGAGUGCAGAUGAAUUAAGAAAACUCUUAGAGUUAAGAUCACAGUAUGAAACAGAUUGGUGCAAGAUUUCUAAGGGGCUCCCUGGUAGAUCACCAUCAGCGUGCUUUUACAAAUACCAAGUGAUAACAAGGUUGUUAAUGAAGACUGGGAAUGAUAUCACAAAAUGUAUCAAACAAAAGCUCCGGAGAAAUACAACAAUUGCUCAACCUUGGUCUGAAGAAGAUAUAUUAAAGUUAAAGAAUCUUACAGAAAUACACGGUAAGGAUUGGAAUAAAAUUGCGUCUCAAUUACCAGGAAAAACAUCAGAGGAUUAUUAUGAUCGGAUCGCAAGAUUUAUUCCCGGAAAAUCACAAGAAUCGAUUAGAUCAUAUGUUACUACACAUAAACAAGAACUUUUACCCAAAGAACUCGACAUGACGAAAAUGAAUAACCUGAAGAAAGACUACUUGGACAUUACGCCAGUACCAGUGUGGAAUCUUGAUGAGUUUGGUGAUUGGUGCAAAAGAAAGUCUAUGGUCAAAGCAAAAAUAAUUGAUCAUAUGAAAAAAGGCCUGGAACAACGUAGAC